AUGGUUGGCCUCUCUGGAGAGCCCCUCUGGUUACGGCCCCACAACACUCAGACAAAGGCACACUCUGUUCAAUGGAAGGUGCGGCUGUUCUCACAUUCAGAAUAUCGUGUGAUAUGGACUUGGAAGAAUGGUUCCCAUCUGGACAAUGAAUCUUCGACUUUGGAUUCUUUUGACAAUAAAUUCAAUUUUACAAUCAAGGACUUGGCUCUUUGCAUCAAGGCAGCUCAGCAGCAGGACAGUGGCCUCUACUGCCUGGAAGUCACUGAUAUAUCUGGGAAAGUUUGCAGAACCCAGUUCCAGGUUCUUAUAUUUGAUCCUGUUGAGAAACCCCACCUGCAGGUGCAGGUGAAGGUUCUGGACACAGGGAAGUGCCAAGUGGCUCUGAACUGCUCGGUCUCCAAGGAUGGCAAUGUGAGCUAUGCUUGGUACAGAGGGAGUGAGCUGAUCCAGACAGCAGGGAACCUCACCUCCUGGGAGGAGCAGAUUGAUGUUGAUGGCUUGCACAUAUAUACCUGCAAUGUCAGCAACCCUGUCAGCUGGAAAAAUGACACCCACAACCUCACCCAGAGCUGUCUAAGAGCCUACCAGGAAUUCAGAUUUUGGCCUUUUUUGGUGACCUUCAUGAUUCUAAUCACACUGUUUCUUGGCACCCUCACCUGCUUCUGUGUGUGGAAGAGGAAGAAGCAGCAGUCACAGGCCAGCCCCAGAGAAUUUCUGACAAUUUAUGAAGAUGUCAAGGACCUGCAAACCCAGAGAAAUCAACAGCAGGAGCAGAAUUCCCCUGGAGAAGGGAGCACCAUCUACUCCAUGAUACAGUCCCAGUCUUCUGCUUCCACAUCACGAGAAACUGCAAUGACAUUGUAUUCGUACAUACAGCCUUCUCGAAAGUCUAUACACAAGAAGAAGAACCCCAGCCCUGCCUUCAAGAGCACUGUCUAUGAAGAGGUUGGCAAGAGACAACCCAAAGCCCAGAACCCUGCUCGACUGAGCCGCAAAGAGCUGGAGAGUUUUUAUGUGCAUCCCUAG